AGUCAAUUUGAUGAUUUGUGGAGCAAGUACUCUAUCUACUCAGCUAGAGCAGCUGUUUGGCCUGACAGUCACAGACACCCAGCUCUUGUCAAGGUGAAGAAGGAGUUGAAUCUGCUGCAGAAACUAUGCCGCCGCCUUCCUAAAGGUCUGAAAGAAUGGCAGGCGCUUUUAGAUUUGAAGAAAAAGAUUGAUGACUUCAGUGAGUCAUGUCCCUUUGUUGAGCUGAUGGCUAACAAGGCUAAUGAAGGAAAAGGAUGUGUGUGCAUCCUCUCAGCUGUGAAGGAGAAGGAUAUUGAAGCCAAACUUAAGGCAGUGAUCAGUGACUGGAAUGGACGAACUAUCACUUUUUCCAACUUUAAGGCUUCGAGGAGAACUCCUUCUGAAGGGAGGUGGAUAAUGACAGAGACCAUUUCCCGCCUGGAGGACAGUUUGAUGAUUCUCAGAAAUUUUGCAUUUGACAGAUACAAUGCACCCUUCAAGAAAACCAUCCAGACAUGGGUUGGUAAUCUGUCCAAUACUACAGACAUUCUUGAGAACUGGAUGACUGUACAGAACCUCUGGGUGUACCUGGAAGCUGUCUUUGUUGGUGGAGAUAUUGCCAAACAGCUACCUCAGGAAGCCAAGAGGUUCCAGAAUAUAGACAAGUCAUGGGGCAAGAUCAUGCAGCGUGCACAUGAGGUCACCAAUGUUGUUCAGUGCUGUGUUGGGGAUGAAACCAUGGGACAACUCCUACCUCAUCUGCUGGAGCAGCUAGAGCUGUGUCAGAAAUCUCUCACAGGGUACUUGGAGAAAAAGAGACUGGUGUUUCCCAGGUUCUUCUUCAUCUCAGAUCCCUCUUUGCUGGAAAUACUUGGACAAGCAAGUGAUUCUCACACAAUUCAGUCUCACCUGCUAGGGGUGUUUGAGAAUGUCAAUGAAGUGGAGUUCCAUGAAAAGGACUAUGACAGAAUCCUGGCCGUUAUUUCCAAAGAAGGGGAAAAAAUCAUACUUGAAAAAAAAGUGAUAGCCCAGGGAAAUGUUGAGAUAUGGCUAGGAGAUUUGCUGAGGGAACAGAUGAAAUCACUUCAUGGUGUUAUCAGAGAUGCUUUCAGGACCAUUAACGCUCCGGAAUUUGAACUUCUUGGAUUCCUUAACUCAGUCCCAGCUCAGGUGGGCUUAUUGGGUAUCCAAAUGUUGUGGACCAGGGAUGCAGAGGAUGCUCUGAGAGUGGCCAGAUCAGACAAGAAGAUUAUGCCAACCACCAAUCAGAAGUUCCUUGACCUCCUGAAUAAACUCAUUGAGCAGACAACUCAUGACUUGACCAAGGUGGAGAGAAUCAAGUACGAGACUCUUGUUACCAUCCAUGUGCAUCAACGAGACAUCUUUGAUGAUCUGGUGAAACUUCAUAUCAAGACUCCUUCUGAUUUUGAGUGGUUGAAACAAGCAAGAUUCUACUUCAAGGAGGAGACUGACCAGUGUAUUGUACAGAUCACUGAUGUAGACAACAUCUACCAAAACGAGUUCCUUGGUUGUACUGAUAGACUGGUCAUUACCCCUCUAACUGACAGGUGUUACAUCACACUAGCCCAAGCUCUGGGGAUGUCUAUGGGAGGUGCCCCUGCAGGACCUGCUGGAACUGGCAAGACAGAGACAACUAAAGACAUGGGCAAGGCUCUCGGCAAAUAUGUCGUUGUGUUUAACUGUUCUGAUCAGAUGGACUUCAGAGGACUUGGACGUAUCUACAAAGGUCUAGCACAGUCAGGUUCCUGGGGAUGUUUUGACGAGUUCAACAGAAUUGAGCUGCCUGUGUUGUCCGUGGCAGCCCAGCAGAUCUACAUUGUUCUCACAGCCAAGAAAGAACGGAAAAAGGAGUUCAUCUUCACUGAUGGAGACAAUGUGGAACUGAAUCCAGAAUUUGGAAUAUUUCUUACAAUGAACCCUGGUUAUGCAGGUCGACAGGAGCUGCCAGAAAACUUGAAAGUACAGUUCAGAACAGUUUCUAUGAUGGUUCCAGACAGACAGAUCAUCAUGAGGGUGAAAUUGGCUGCAUGUGGUUUCAUAGAAAAUAUCAUCUUGGCCCAGAAGUUCUACACACUCUACAAGCUGUGUGAGGAACAGCUCUCCAAACAGGUUCACUAUGAUUUUGGUCUGCGGAACAUCUUGUCCGUUCUUAGAACACUUGGUGCACAGAAGAGGUCUCGACCCAAUGAUACAGAGAGUACAAUUGUGAUGAGAGUGUUGAGAGACAUGAACCUGUCCAAACUGGUUGAUGAGGAUGAACCUUUGUUCCUGAGUUUGAUCGCUGACUUGUUCCCUGGCAUUGUACUGGACAGUGCCUCAUAUGCUGACCUACAGGUUGCUAUUGCCAACCAAGUAGAUGAAAUGAUGCUCAUCAACCAUCCUUCCUGGAAUCUGAAAGUUGUGCAGUUGUUUGAGACCCAGCGUGUCCGUCAUGGCAUGAUGGCACUUGGCCCCAGUGGGGCUGGCAAAUCCUGCUGUAUCCAUGUGUUGAUGAGAUCCAUGACUGAUUGUGGCAAUCCACAUCGAGAGAUGAGAAUGAACCCCAAGGCUAUCACAGCCCCACAGAUGUUUGGUCGACUCGAUGUUGCCACCAAUGACUGGACUGAUGGCAUCUUCUCAACUCUGUGGAGAAGAACACUCAAAGCUAAAAAAGGCGAGAAUGUGUGGAUUGUCCUGGACGGUCCUGUCGAUGCAAUCUGGAUUGAGAAUCUCAACUCGGUGCUGGAUGACAACAAAACUCUCACCCUGGCCAAUGGUGAUCGUAUCCCCAUGGCACCCAACUGCAAAGUUGUCUUUGAAGUGCACAAUAUCGACAAUGCCUCCCCAGCCACUGUAUCUAGGAAUGGUAUGGUGUACAUGAGCAGCUCUGCUCUGGACUGGAAGCCAAUUUUGCAGGGCUGGCUGCGAACAAGAAAUCCCCAGGAAGCAGAAAUACUGCAGACUUUAUAUGACAAAAUCUUUGAGGAUGUCUACCUGUAUGUCAACCUCAACCUUUCUGCAAAGAUGGACACACUUCAGUGUAAUCAAAUUAGACAGUCGUGUGAUGUGCUCCAAGGUUUGAUCCCAAAGAAAGAUGACAAGGGUUGUCUCCCCGCAGACCAUCUGGAGAGACUGUUCAUCUUCGCUCUGAUGUGGAGCCUGGGGGCCAUGCUGGAGCUGGAUGACCGAGUCAAAAUGGAGGAAUUUAUGGUGGCCCACUCCAGCAAGCUCAGUCUGCCACCUUUCAGAGAAGGGGAAACCAUAUUUGAAUACCUUGUCAAUGAACAAGGUGGGUGGGAGCACUGGUCAAAACGUGUGGAAGAGUACAUCUACCCGUCUGACAGUGUGCCCGAGUUUGCAUCCAUUCUGGUACCGAAUGUGGACAAUGUGCGAACCAACUUCCUCAUUGAAACAAUUUCCAAACAGAACAAGGCAGUGCUGCUGAUCGGUGAGCAGGGUACAGCUAAGACUGUGAUGAUUAAGGGGUACAUGGCCAAGUAUGACCCUGAUGUCCACCUCAGCAAAAGUUUCAAUUUCUCUUCUGCUUCCACACCCAUGAUGUUCCAGAGAACAGUAGAGAGCUAUGUUGAAAAGAGGAUGGGCAGCACGUACGGACCUCCAAGUGGUAGAAAGAUGACAGUGUUUGUGGAUGACAUCAACAUGCCUACCAUCAAUGCGUGGGGGGAUCAGGUAACAAAUGAGAUCACUCGUCAGAUGAUGGAGAUGCAUGGAAUGUACAGUCUGGACAAACCUGGAGACUUCCUGUCCAUCAUAGAUGUACAGUUUAUUGCAGCUAUGAUUCAUCCUGGCGGAGGUCGCAAUGACAUUCCUCAGAGACUCAAGAGACAGUUUUGUAUUUUUAACUGUACUCUGCCUUCAAACAGUUCAAUCGACAAGGUUUUUGGUGUCAUUGGCGAAGGCUAUUUCUGCGCUACCAGAUUUAGCCCAGAAGUCUGUGAAUUUGUCAAAAUGCUUGUUCCGGCUACCAGAGUUGUCUGGCAACAGACAAAGAUCAAGAUGCUGCCCACACCAGCCAAGUUUCACUACAUCUUCAAUUUGAGGGAUUUAUCUCGAAUCUGGCAGGGUAUGCUGACAAUAGCUGGUGAGGAGUGCCAGUCUAAAGCUAUGAUACUAUCUCUGUGGAAACAUGAAUGUACACGAGUCAUAGCUGAUAGAUUCACCAAUGCGGAAGACAAACAAUGGUUUGAUGGUGCCGUGACACAAGUGUUGCGAAACCAGGCAGGUGAUGAAGCUGUGAACGAGAUGGACCCUGAGCCCUACUUCGUGGACUUCCUCCGAGAUGCACCUGAACCCACUGGAGAGGAGGAAGAUGAUGCUGCACUGGACGCACCCAAGGUCUAUGAAAAGAUUCCCAGCUACAGUUUCCUGAAUGACAAGCUACUGCAAUAUGUUGUGCAGUACAAUGAAGUUGUGCGAGGUGGCCAUUUGGAUCUAGUCUUCUUUAAAGAUGCCAUGGUGCAUCUUGUCAAGAUUUCCCGUAUCAUCCGUACACCGAGAGGAGCAGCUCUUCUUGUUGGUGUGGGAGGUUCAGGGAAACAGUCUCUCACCAGACUGGCCUCCUUCAUUGCCGGCUACCAGAUCUUUCAGAUCACCCUCACCAGGUCAUACAAUGUGUCGAAUCUGAUGGAUGACUUGAAGUUUCUGUACCGGGUAGCAGGAGGUAAAGGUCAAGGCAUUACCUUUAUCUUUACCGACAAUGAGAUCAAGGAUGAAUCCUUUUUGGAGUAUCUAAACAAUGUUCUCAGCUCUGGCGAGGUGUCCAACCUGUUUGCCCGUGAUGAACUGGAUGAGAUCACCCAAGAACUGAUAUCUGUGAUGAAGAAAGAUCAGCCUCGGCGACCUCCCACCCAGGAGAACCUGUAUGAUUAUUUCAUAUCUAGAGCCAGAAACAAUCUACAUACAGUGCUCUGUUUCUCACCAGUUGGUGAGAAGUUUCGCAACAGAGCCCUGAAGUUCCCUGGUCUGAUAUCUGGAUGUACAAUGGACUGGUUCAGCAAGUGGCCUCGGGAUGCCCUUGUGGCUGUGUCUGGCCACUUCCUCAACACCUUCCCCAUGGAGACGUCUGAGGACGUCAAGAAGCAGGUGGUGGACACUAUGGGAGUCGUUCAUGACAACGUUGCUUCAGUCUGUGUGGAAUACUUCCAGAGGUAUCGGAGACAGUCACAUGUAACGCCCAAAUCGUACCUGUCCUUCCUGGAUGGGUAUAAGAAUGUGUACAAGGAGAAACAUUCAAUCAUUGGUGAGAUGGCCAGCAGAAUGAAUACAGGACUGUCCAAGCUGAUUGAGGCCAGUGAGUCUGUCGACAAACUCAGCAAGGAGCUAGUCGUCAAGGAGAAAGAACUGGAAUUGGCCAACAAGAAGGCAGACAAGGUGUUGGAAGAGGUGACAGUGAGUGCACAGGCUGCUGAGAAAGUCAAGGCUUCAGUGCAGAAGGUCAAGGACAAAGCGCAGAAGAUUGUAGAUGAGAUUAAUACCGAGAAAUCGUUUGCUGAGGAGAAGCUGGAGGCAGCCAAACCUGCCCUGAAGGAGGCUGAGGUGGCACUGCAGACAAUCAAGCCAUCUGAUAUAUCUACCGUGAAGAAACUUGGAAAGCCUCCUCAUCUGAUCAUGAGGAUCAUGGACUGUGUGCUCAUCCUGUUUGGGAAGAGGCUUGAUAUUGUACAACCAGAUCCAGAGAGACCUUGUCCUAAGCCGUCAUGGAGCGAGUCUCUCAAGUUAAUGAGUGGAUCAGGUUUUCUGACCAGCUUGCAGACCUUUGUUAAAGACACCAUCACAGGCGAGACUGUAGAGUUGUUGCAGCCGUAUUUGACAAUGGAAGACUAUGCUUUAGAGACAGCUAAGAAAGUGUGCAGCAAUGUGGCUGGUCUGUUGUCCUGGACUACAGCUAUGGCUUUCUUCUAUGGUAUCAACAAGGAAGUUUUGCCACUGAAGGCUAACCUGGCCAAGCAGGCAGGUCGGUUAGAUAUUGCCACAAAAGAGCUGGACAAUGCCCAAGCACAGCUGGAUGAAAAGCAGAAGGAAUUGGAUGUGGUGCAGGCACUGUAUGAUUCAGCCAUGAAAGAAAAACAGGAACUGAUGGAUGAUGCGGAGUCAUGUCGAAGGAGAAUGGUUGCAGCCUCAACUCUUAUUGGAGGUCUUGGAGGAGAAAAGACCAGAUGGACAUCUCAAAGCAAAGAGUUCAAGGCUCAAAUUGACAGACUUGUCGGGGAUGUGGUUCUGUGCACAGGCUUUCUUUCCUACUCAGGGCCAUUCAACCAAGAAUUCCGCACCAAACUGCUGACCAACUGGCAGAAAGAGAUGUACAAGAGGAAGAUUCCAUUCACUCACGACUUGAAUGUCACCUCCAUGCUGGUUGACACCGCUACUAUUGGAGAGUGGAAUAUCCAGGGUUUGCCCAAUGAUGACCUGUCAGUACAGAACGGCAUCAUCACAACAAAGGCCACCCGCUACCCACUGCUGAUUGAUCCACAGGGACAGGGCAAGAGCUGGAUCAAAAACAGGGAGAAAGAUCAUGACCUGCAGGUGACGUCCCUCAAUCACAAAUAUUUCCGAACUCAUUUAGAAGAUGCACUGUCCUUGGGGCGACCUCUGUUGUUGGAGGAUGUGGAGGAAGACCUUGACCCUGCCCUAGAUAAUGUUCUUGAGAAGAACUUCAUCAAAUCUGGAUCUACUUUCAAGGUGAAGGUUGGGGACAAGGAAGUUGAUGUGAUGAAAGGAUUUUAUCUCUACAUCACCACAAAGCUUCCCAAUCCAUCAUACACUCCUGAAGUAAUGCAAAAAACCUCCAUCAUUGACUUCACUGUCACCAUGAAGGGUCUGGAAGACCAGCUCCUGGGCAGAGUUAUCCUCACUGAGAAGAGUGAACUGGAAGCUGAGCGAGCACAACUCUUGGUUGAUGUGACGGCGAACAAACGUAAGAUGCAGGAACUGGAGGAUAAUCUACUGUUCAAGUUAACAAGCACAAAGGGCUCUCUGGUAGAUGAUGAGUCUCUCAUAGAAGUGCUGUCAGUCACAAAGAUCACUGCUGCUGAGGUCAGUGAAAAGCUGACAGUGGCCGCCGAGACGGAAAUCAAGAUCAAUGAAGCUAGAGAAGAAUUCAGGCCAGUGGCGAACAGGGGAAGUAACCUGUACUUCCUGAUUUGUGACAUGAGUAUCAUCAACUGCAUGUAUCAGAUCUCCCUCAACCAGUUCCUGGGCAUCUUUGACAUUUCCAUGGCCAGAUCUGAGAAGAGUCCUGUUCCUUCUAAGAGAAUCCACACUAUCAUUGAUUACUUGACGUUUGAAGCCUUUCGUUACACAUGCCGUGGGUUGUAUGAGGAACACAAAUUCCUGUUCACCUUGUUGAUGACCCUGAAGAUAGAUAUACAGCAUGGCAAAGUGAGAAAUGAGGAGUUUCAGACAUUCAUCAAAGGUGGGGCUGCUCUUAAUCUAAAUGCUGUUCAGCCCAAGCCCUGCAAGUGGAUAUCUGACAUGACAUGGCUAAACCUGGUGCAGCUAAGUUCCCUACAGCAGUUCUCUGAGAUUCUUAAUCAGGUUCCAAGGAAUGAAAAAGGCUGGAAGUCUUGGUUUGACUCUGACACUCCUGAGGAAGAGCAGAUGCCUGAUGGCUACAGCUCCUCACUAGAUGCCUUCCGUAAACUGAUGCUCAUAAGGUCGUGGUGUCCAGAUCGUACCAUUGCCCAAGCCAGGAAGUAUGUGAGUGAUUCAAUGGGAGCCCGGUAUGCUGAGUCUGUGAUACUGAACCUAGAGGCUACGUGGGGGGAGAGCGAACCCUCCGUCCCCCUCAUUUGCCUCCUAUCCAUGGGCUCUGAUCCAACUAACCAGAUCGAGUACCUGGCAAAGAAGCUGCAAGUUGAUUUCCGUGCCAUUUCAAUGGGACAGGGUCAAGAGGUUCAUGCCAGGAAGCUUGUCAAUCAAUUCAUGCAGAAUGGUGGCUGGGCAUUGCUUCAGAACUGUCACUUGGGAUUGGGCUUUAUGGAGGAACUGAUUGACAUCUUGGCUGAGGCAACUCAGAUGCAUGAGCAGUUCCGUGUGUGGAUUACAACUGAAGUACACCCUCACUUCCCAAUCAGUUUGUUGCAGCUCUCAAUCAAGUUCACCAAUGAGCCUCCACAGGGUAUCAAGGCUGGCUUGAAGAGAACUUAUGCUGGUAUCACUCAAGACUUCCUUGAUGUGUCUAGUCUUCCUCAGUGGAAACCCAUUCUCUAUGGCGUGUCUUUCCUUCACACUGUUGUACAGGAAAGAAGAAAGUUUGGUCCACUAGGUUGGAAUAUACCAUACGAGUUCAACACAGCUGACUGGACAGCGAGUGUGCAGUUUGUACAGAAUCAUCUGGAUGAUAUUGACAUCAGAAAGGGUGUCUCAUGGACCACUCUCCGCUACAUGCUAGGAGAGGUGCAGUAUGGAGGCAGAGUCACUGAUGACUACGACAAGAGACUACUCAACACUUUUGCCAGAGUUUGGUUUGGAGACUUCAUGUUCACAGCUGCUUUCCAGUUCUAUCAUGGCUACAAGAUCCCCUCCUUACGAACAAUUGAGGACAUCAUGGGCUUCAUAGAGAAUCUUCCUUUGGUGGACUCCCCUGAAGCUUUUGGUCUACAUGGUAACGCUGACAUCACAUACCAGACCAACCUGGCCAACUCAGUCCUUCAGACAGUGAUGAGUAUCCAGCCAAAAGAUACAGGGGGUGGAGGAGGAGAGACCAGGGAGAGUGUUGUGUACAAGCAGGCAGAAGACAUGUUGGAAAAACUGCCUCGGAAUUAUAUUCCUCAUGAGGUAAAAGAGCGUCUAAAGAAGAUGGGCUUCCUGACUCCAUUAAUCAUCUUUCUGAGACAAGAAAUUGACCGCAUGCAGAGAGUCAUCACUGAAGUGAGAACCACACUGACCGAUCUCCGGCUGGCCAUUGAAGGAACCAUCAUCAUGAGUGAGAACCUGCGUGAUGCCCUGGACAACAUGUUCGAUGCGCGAGUUCCCAGCUUGUGGAGGAAGAUCUCAUGGCAGUCCUCCACCCUGGGCUUCUGGUUCACAGAGAUGCUGGAGAGGAAUGACCAGUUUCAUCGGUGGGUGUUCGAGGGCAGGCCCGAUGUCUUCUGGAUGACAGGAUUCUUCAACCCUCAGGGUUUCUUGACUGCAAUGCGACAGGAGGUGACCCGUGCUCACAAAGGGUGGGCCCUGGAUUCUGUCACUCUACAUAAUGAUGUGAUGAAGACUUCUAAGGAAGAUAUAACAUCACCCCCUGCUGAGGGUGUAUAUGUGUUUGGGCUGUAUCUGGACGGUGCUGGAUGGGACAGGAAGAACUGCCGUCUAUGUGAGUCAACUGCCAAAGUGCUGUUCACUUCACUGCCUGUGGUACACAUGUUUGCCAUCAACUCUACAGCUCCCAAGGACCCACGACUCUAUCAGUGUCCAAUCUACAAGAAACCGCACAGAACAGAUCUCACAUACAUAACCUUCAUAGUUCUCAAAACCUCACAGAGUCCAGAUCACUGGAUUCUUCGGGGUGUUGCUGCACUUUGUGACAUCAAGUAAAGUGUCAGAUCCACAGUUGUCACUGUUACAAACUUUGGCAACUAUGUGUUCAAGAUAUAGAGUGAUAUACAUCUUAUUCUUUGUGUGGCAUUCCUAAUUCAUAUUGAUGAAGGAUUAACUGGUUGUUCUCAAAACUUGCAAUAUGAGUAUUCUCAAAACUUUGGAACUGUAAGUUGUACAUAUACUGUGAUAAUAUUCAGUUUAAAAAGUCUAAGACUUAACUGUUGGAUAUUGUUCUGUUGUGCAGUUGCCUAUUAUUUUGUUAAGGAUUUAUUUAUAUAUUUAAGGGCAUGUUAUUGUUCUCAAUGUUAAUGUUUUGUUGUCUGUUUUACAUGAGAAUAAAUUGGCUUCAAUGAAA